GCAGCCAGGACAGAGAAUGAGCGUCAUCAUGAAACAGCUCAGAGACAUUUAAAGCAGCGUGAGGAAAUCGAAGAGAGAUUAAAGGAGGAAAAUUGGAAUCUUGAGGUAGCAAAUCAGGAACUAAGAACUCAUUUAUCGGAAUCUAAUCAAACGAUCGCUAAACACAACGCAGAAUAUGCCAGAUUAGUCAAACAAGUCAAAAGCCAGUCGGAGCAGAUUGAUAUCAUGAAAGCCCAAGAAGAAAAGAACGCUUCGUUGAUUGAAGCAAUGAAGGCGAGACAUGAACAAGAGACACAUCAGUUGCGAAAACAUGCUGCCAAUGCUCAGCGUGAAAAUGCUCAAAUUCAAAAGCAGAUCGAAGCACUCAAUACAGAACUCAAGAUAUGCAAGGCUAAACUGGCCAUUAAAAUGGCCACAGCCUCUGCUCGUAGUGAAGAGCCUAGUGAAUCGUCAGAAACAGCCGCAGACAAGAACGACCAAGACUCGGAUCACUCUGUGAAGGAUGUGCAUCCUACUCCAUCUACUAGCACAACAACCAACCGCAGCCAGCAGCUUGAAACAGAAACACUCAAACAAUCCUUGGCUCAUGCACAUCGAAUUAUCUCGAACCUUAGGAGCACAGCACACAAGGAAAAGCUAGAAAAGUUUGAGUUGAAAAAGAUGCUCUCAGAUAGUCAGGAAACAAUUGAACAGCUGCGUAAAGAUUUAGCCAACAUGAGCAAUAAUGCCAUCUCGAUGAAUGGCAGCCGCAGCAACACAAAGCCUGCCAAGAAGAAGCACACCAAAAAGAGACGUGGUGGUGUUGCAAGACAAGCGCGUGGUGUUUCAAUUAAUGAUUCAUCUGAUUCUGAUCAACAAAGCAUAAAGUCAAGCGAUUCUGAAUUGGAUGAUAGCAUGGAUGAACAGCAGGACCCUCAAUUCAACAAUGGGCUGGGUCUUGGUUUUGGUACACCUAUAAGCGCUUUGCCUAUGAAGCCACUGUCUUCCGAGCUGGAAUUCAAGGUGCAAGUGAUUGAUGUUGGCAUCAACACAGAUCCUAUUGAUAUUGUGGCACAUGAAAAGCCUAAUGACAGCUUGUCAUCCGUCAGUCUGAGUACACACUCUGUUGCACCUGUCACAAGCAAUGAAAAAGCUGUAGAUGUUACCACCGUGCCACAACUCUCGGAAACGAGCUUUAUUACAGACGCUCGUCAAAUUACCUUAGAGCGCACGACUAAUAACCAGCCAUCUUUAGGCACCAAUGAUAUACCCAAAGCCGCUGAAAAGCCACAAGUCAUCGUUCAAGAACAGAUAAAGCAUGUCGUGCUUCGAGAACUCCAAACAGCAUCUGCACGUGCUGCUAUUAUUCUUCCUCAAGAACAGAUGACCCUGCUAAUCAAAGAAAGAGUCUUUGUGCCCACAGAGAGCAGCUUCAGCCAAUUACCUACUCUAGACAGCCAUCAGCAGACGUCUAUUGAUAUUGGCCCUACUGUUGAUACUCAACCCAGGACAGAUCUAAUUAGCCUCGAGGAGGCCAAGAAGAUGGUUAAAGAAGCACUAGAAAAGUCUCAAGUGGAAGUGCAACAAACUAUGAUAUCAAAGGCUGAUGUUGACAAAUUAAUUACUGAGGCACUGGAAAAGAGUGCAGCUGCAACAAAACAAGACAUGAUUCCAAAGACAACUGUAGAUCAGCUGAUUGCUGAAGCCAUUGAAAAGGCAGUUUUGUCAGAAAGAGAAGAGAUGCAAUCACGCAUGGUAGAAAGAGAAGAAGUGGAGGAAAUGCUGAAGAUGAUGGUUCCCAGAUCUACUGUUGAUCAGCUUAUUGCCAAGGCUACCGAAGAAGCCAUUCAGCUUGAGCAACAAAAGCGCGCAGAUGAGGUGUCUGACCACCCCGUACAGCCUUCUCAACAACAAGAUGAAGAAAUAGUUGCAAAGCAUCAAGUAGAUAUUCUAGUAUCGGAAGCUGUUGAAAAAGCAAUCUUGGCAGAAAGGCAAAGAGUCGCCGCUGAAAAAGAGAAUGAACCUAGUCGAGAGGAUACCAAGCCUAGAAUUGUCUUUUCAGAAGGACAUGAGUCAGUCAUUGAUAUAGCUCCCACCAGCUACCAUGGAGCAGCAGAAGAGCAGUUGACUGAAAGCAAAUCUAUUCACAUUUCAGAACAGCCAGCUGUUGAAGAAAAGAGUAUCCCAGCUAUUGCAGAAGAAAGGGAGGAUGAGCUAAAGGAAGACAUGAUUGCUCAAUCUCAAGUUGACAAGCUGAUUGCCGAGGCCACAGAAAAAGCACUUCUUUUCGAGAACCAAAAGAUUUCUUCGACCAUGAUUCUCAAAGAAGAAGCAGAAAAGAUGGCUGUAGAAGCAAGUACCAAGGCAUUUGAAGAAGCCAAGCGGGAAAUGCAAAAGAAGAUAGACCAAGACAUGAUGUCUAAAUCAAAAGUAGAUACCUUAAUUGAACAAGCUAAACAAAGCGUACGAGCUGAGCUCGAUAUAAUACUUAAAGAAGCCCAAAUAGCAGCUACAAAGGACAUGAUCACCAAGUCAGAAGCAGAAACAAUGGCUCUGGAAGCUGUUGAAAAAGAACGAUCCAACAUGAUUAGCAAGGAGGAAGCACAGGAUCUUGUUACGCAGGCUGUUGCAAGGGAAACCGAACGACUGCUAAACGAACAUCAACAAGCCUUAGAGAAGGCCAUGGCAGAAGCAGAAGCAGUCAGAAGUGCUGAAAAAGAAUCCUUGCUCAAGACAAUCGAAUCUUACAAGAAAGAGUGUGACGAUUUGAAUCAGAGAAUGAAACAUAUGCUCACUAAAGACAGUACUGAUGUUUUAAUCAAGCGUGCAGUGGCAGAUGCUUUGAAGACUGCUGAAAAGAAGCAAAAGGAAACGCUUGCCAACAUGAUUUCAAGAGUAGAUGCAGAUAUUCUUACCCAACAAGCCGUGUCCCGUGCACUUGAACAGGAACGAAAAGAAGUGGCUGAAAGAGAAGCAGCCGAGGCCGUUGAGAUGAUUUCAAAGGCAGAAGCUGAAGCGUUGGCAAAGGUUGCUGCUGCUGAUGCUAUUGUUAAAGAACGUCAAGCACAAGCAGCACGCGAAAAGGAACUCAUUACCAAAGAAGAGGCUGAUACUUUGGCACAACAAGCAGUAAGAGAAGCGGUUGAAAAAGAAAAACUUGAGCAUGCAGAGAUUCUGGCUAAAGAAAGAAAGGCAAUGAAGGAAAAGGAAGAAAAUCUGAUUACUAAAGAACAGGCCGAGACAAUGGUUGCCGAAGCUGUGCAUAAUGCAUUGGAGAAGGAGAGAAAGGCUCGUGCUGAACAUAAUACCAAGUCCAGUACACCAGCUCCUUCCAAGCAUCCUCACUUACCUCAUUCACCUCUUGCUAUUGAGAGAUCUAUUUCUACUUCAAGGCUUGCUCCUCCUUCAUCACAAGUAUCACCUUCUCCAUCUGUCUCUACACCUCCUGCAACUAGCAGACACAAACUAAGAUUAUCCAGCUCCGUUUCGUCAUUAAGAAGAAAAGCCUCUGCUGAUCAUGGCAGCAGCAAGAAAGAACCUCAUUCUAGACAAAGUACUGAAAGUCACCGUAACUUUGGCACUCUUCGUAUAUUUGAAAGCACUACCUAUGGCUCUCGUAAGCUAUCAUCUCGAUCCAAUCUGCGUAACUUUGCCAACCAAGAAUCAGCUACAUCCAUUUCAACAAUAUCUUCAGAAGAUGCUCAACAAUAUCUUCCUCUCUCUGCUCGUUCAGAUGACAACCUUGCCGCAUUCGCAAAUCACGAAGGCACAACUGAUCUCGAAGUCAUCACUGCUAUCACUAAAACUAUGAUUGGUGAAUGGCUAUUAAAGCAUACGCGUCGUUAUGUCGGUGGUGGCAUUUCUGAGAAUAAGCAUAGACGAUUCUUUUGGGUUCAUCCUUAUACGAAAACAUUAUAUUGGAGCUCUAUUGAACCUGUUGUUCAAGUGCCUAGCAACAAUAACCAGGAAGCUUCACCCAUGAGUCUCUUGAUCCGUACACCCAAGCGAGAUCUCAAAUUGACAGCACCAACUCUCGAAAGACACGAAAUUUGGUUCAAGUCAUUAUCAUACUUGCUUGGAAGAUCAACUCAUGCUCAUCCAUCUACAGAAGAAUCACCAACAGAAGAAAGUCAGUAUAAUAAUACCAUGCAAAGUAUUAAAAGUAUGAUACCCAUUCAUGACGUUACUCAAUAUGAUUCUGAUGACUCUGAAGAUAUAGUUAACAUAAGACAAUGUUGUGAUGGAAAGCAUGAUGUCUCGACUCUUUCAAAAAAGCACUCACACACUCAUUUAUAAUAAUAACAUGUACACACACAUACACGACAUAUUAAAUAAAAAACCCCACUACUUGCC